AUGUGCAGGUACAGCAGUAUGUCAUCCUCUGAACAUUCAGAGAAAAAUUGCAAGAUUCAUCCACUCUGUUCAAGAUCGUUUUCCCUCAACGCCCAUUUACCUCGACGCCCUUUUAACUGCGAAAAUGCGCGUCUAGAGACCUACGACUGCAAAAGCUGUGAAUUUCAAACCGAGCUGAUAUGUUUUUACAAACACCACCUCAAAAACGUACACACCGUCAAACAACAGCAUCGCCAAGAAUGCACCAUUCAAGAGUACCUUUGUCGAAAGUGCCCCUUCACAACCCACUUUUCGAUGAAGUGGCUUCAACAUGCUUCAAUUUGUGUGGGGGCCAAGACUAAACCAACAAUGUCUCUAAACAAAUCCGCGCCCCAUCAUUUGGCCGGCAAAGUCCAAUGGUUCAAGUGUAACCAGUGCAACCACAAAACCAAACACAAAAAAUCUUUGAACCGACACAUGAGGACACAGCACCUAGAUGAAACCCUGAUCAAGUGGUUUAAAUGUAGUGAGUGUCCGUACAAAGCGAAACACAGCACUUCUUUGAAAAACCACAAGUUGCGCCAUUUGGCAGAAACGGAUAUACAGUGGUACGAAUGCACGAAGUGUGAGUUCAGAACGAGGCAAAAGCAGUGUUUGAAAAGACACAUGGAUGCGCGACACUUGGAUGAAAGUAGUAUUCAGUGGUUUGAGUGCGAAAAGUGUCCAUAUAGGGCUAAGAGCAACCGCUAUUUAAGAAAGCACGUGAAUAGCCACCAUUUGGACGAAAAAGACAUUGUGUGGUAUCAAUGUGAGCAGUGUGACUUUAAAACAAAGUGGAGUUGUAAUUUGAGACAACACACCGUGCGUCAUUCGGAAGAAAGUGAUAUUAAGUGGUAUGCGUGCGGAAAGUGUCCGUUUAGAACUAAGUGGACUUCGAGUUUAAAAAAACAUGUGCGUGAAAAGUGUCCCUAUAAAACUAAUUAA